GUCUUGGCUUUAUAAAACAAGUUUCAGUUGUAAGUGUUAUGUCAUUCCUCAUACAUUGUGGCUCGUGAUCUCUGCUAUAUUGCCUUACAAGUUACAAUUGCACUAUUACAUAUCUUGUUAAGCACUUAAGCAAGAUAAGGUCUUACUAAUAGUAAUACUAACACUGACAGUAGAACCUCCACACCACAAAGAUGGCAUCGUUAGAUGAAGUUGCUGUGAAGUAUUUCACCAAAAGGGCGGAGUUAAUGUUUUCAAAGAACAAUGUUCAGAAAAUGUCAGUUGGGAGAUUUCAAGGAUGCCUGAGUCAGGCUUCUAGAGAUGUUUUGGAAUACUUCCAAUUGAAUUAUGCUGGCAGGUUCAAAAAGUUUUUCAUGGAUCAUCCAGAUAGAUUUCUGGUAGAUUCUGAAAACAACAUAUUAUUGGUGAGACAACCUGCUGACUCUUCAGUUAAAGUAAAGCCACAAGUAUCUGAAAAUGCAGAUGUUGAAAAUUUAGAAGAAGGAAAGAUGACUCCAUUGUCUGAAAACCUGGCAACUUUGGGCUUUCUAAGUGCUUUUCUUAAGACAAAAGUGCAGCCAGUUCCUCUAUCAGAAACUUCCUUAGCCUACUCGUUAAUGAAUGACAACAUGAAGAAGCUUAUUCAAACAUGUGAAGGACAUGCCAUUUCACAAAAAAUAGCAUCUUUUCUAAGAUCCUUUUGGUUUUUUGAAAUAUCAAAAGCUAAGAAAAUUCACCUCAAGAAAGAUAAAGAAAUUCACGAAUAUCUUGGAAAAGCUGAGAAUUUUGCAAUAAAGUCUAUGUGUAUUUGUUAUAUACUCCAAGGCUACACAGAUAUUAAACAAAUCUAUCAUAUACUUAAUGAAAAAUAUAGAUUUUUAGUAUCAAAAUUUCUAGGACUAGAAGAAUUUUCUACGUUUUUAAAUAAACACAGAAACAUUUUUUUUCUUCCUGGAGGUGGAAAAAUCCACAUGGUUCAUGAUCCAAGUAAAAAAGAACCAGUAGAUAAUGAAUACAAAUUCUUAAAAACCAUCAGUGAAAAGCUGGAUAAAUCACAAAUUAACAACCAUAAUGUUUCAAGACCUCCACCUGGUGAAUUCCAAAACACUAGAUAUGCUGAUGUAGUUGAGUGUCGUAGUGGAACUGUGGAAGAAAAACGUAUGCAGAGCAGUCAAAUUAAUCGUACGUUCGUACACGUUGAAAGUGAAGAUGGUCAACGGUCCCAUGAUGUCGUAUCAUCACAUGUUCCAUCCAUUAGUACCGUGGAAGGUCCAGAUACUACACAAAAAAUUGGCAGUUGCUGCUCUUUUGAACCACAUGCUACAGUCGCUUCUAAGUCAGCAAGUGAUUUUGAACCACAUGUUACAGUGGCUUCUAAAUCAGCAAGGGAUUUUGAACCACUUGUUACAGUGGCUUCUAAGUCAGCAAGUGAAAAUGACUGUAAAAUUAUUUAUUCCACUGAUAACGAAGAUAGUAGAAAAGAAAUUUCAGCAAAUUUACACAACUUACCAGAGGAACAUAUCAAAAUAUGGCAUUUUGUGAAGGAAGUUAUAGGUCAUGUUGUGUAUGUAGGAAGAGAGGGCAGUAUUAUACAGUGUCUGUUAAAUAAUGCUGAAGGUUCAAUAUCUUGUUUAAUAUAUUAUCCUAACAAUUCGUACGACUCUGAUGACAGAGGAUGUAAGGCACCAACAUUAUCAAUGCUCACAGUUGGCUCUUUAGUAAGAUGCAUUCUAGAUGAUAAUAUCGGAUAUCAGUUUGGUGACAAGGUAAUGAUGUUUGCCAAAAACAUCAUCAUGGAUAAUAACUCUGGUAGAAAUGGAGUUUAUCAUUCUCUCGGAGAAAUUACCAAAACAACCGAUUGUGCAAAAGAUAGAAAGAUUGAAAGCUUAGUGAGUGAUUCUUUAACUAAAAAUGAUGAUCAUGAUGACAACAGCAUUGUUCAAAAGAAAAGGAUAAAUUCAUCUUCUUGUACAAAAAAUAGUAAUUUGAAUGAUACAACACAUCCAUCUGUAUCUUCAGCUGAUGAAAAGCUUAGAGCCACAGAUAAUUUUCAUUUUGUUUUAACAUCAGAUGAAGCUGUCAUUCAACCUGAACCAAAUACAGAUCCUAAGUCGCACACACAACAGCCUGUAUUUGUUUCUUCUGAAACCAACUGCAGUAGAUCUUCAGCUGUGUUGGGGGAAAGUAACUUGAGUAUCUGGAAUAUUGAUUCUGAUUCACAGCAGGAAAGAGACAGUCAGCAGGACUCUCGACAUGAAGGCACAAAAGAUGAUAUUGAUGUUACCUAUCUAUCUGGGUUUCAAGAUGCUACUAAAAUUUUAAUGCAAGUCCAGUUGGAAAUUGGUUCCAUACUUGCACAAAAAAGGAAUAAAGGCAAACAACCUGAAGACGUUCUUGAUGAUGUAGGCAAAGUUUACAGUAGCAAAACUGGAUUUUAUAAGGAUUGUCGAAGUGUAACUGAUCACCAAACACAAACCGAAAUUAUAAGUUUAAAUUCUUCCUGUCAGACCAUUUCCACUGGUCCUGUUUAUAUUAAAAAGUGUUAUUACUAAUGAUGCAUGUUGAAGCCUUCUGUAUAAUAGUUGUUACAGAGUAUAUAUCAAAUAUUUUAACACUUAGU